GGGGUGUGGGAGCAGGGGUGGGGCAGUCUUGUGGCCAUCUUUCCUCCUGCCCACCUCCCAGACCCCCACGUUUCAAAGCUGUAAUCCUUGCUCUCCGUGGCUGCGCUCUGUUUUCCCAUGCUUGGUACUGCACCCAUUCCGUGUAAACCAACUCAGUGGAUGAGACCCAGUGUGGUGGACACGCGGAAGCUCUCACAGGGCCAAGCACCGAGUCUGUCCCGUUUCCAUGGCAGAAGGGCCCCCUCUGCCUCCUUCCCUGACUGAGAUAACCUGACCAUCAGCUUCACUCAUCACUCGGGGCCUUCUGAGUCCAUCCCGAUCACAAGGCCUUUGCCCCUGCUUGGCACACCAGUGUUCUUGUCUAUGUUACAGAGACAGAGGUAUCCUGCCUCACCUCCUCCAGGAGAACUAGCCCUCACUGAGCAUGUGCAGGGCCCCAGCAUCAUUCUGGUGUUGACGCUGAUGUCUAUGGUUGGAAGACAGUCGCAUGUGUCGAAGGGCCUCUGGCUUCCUCCUCUCUUUUGGGGAAAACAGAGAAGGCCGACCCUCUCCAGUCCUCAGAAGUCUUCGGCUUUGUUCCAUGGACUCAACUUGGCAACAUGCUAAUUGCAAUGGGCAGCGGAUGGAAGCUGGUUGGCUUGUCCUUCAGGGCCCAGCUGGAGUUAUAUGUAGUUGGGAGCUAUCCAGUGUGGGUGUUGGGAACCAAACACUCAACCACGGAGCUGGCUCUCUAACCCUUCUGGAAACAUUUUUGUGACAGUCACCAGGAGACAGGACAUUGACUGGGCAACACAGAGCAUCUGACUCAGCCUCGCCAGCAAAGGGAAGGUGUCAGCUGUACAAGGCAAGGGCAAGAAACCGCCUGAAAGCCGAAGCAACUCAGGAGAGAACGUGUGUGCUCUGGCUCACAGCUGAAGGCCCAGCAUCCAGAGCCACUCUUGCCUCACCAGUGGCUGCAGCAUCAUCUAUUUCUCCUCCACGGUCCUGGGAGCCAUCCUCACGCUCCUGGCCAGGACCAUAUCACGGCACCGGGUCCUCAGACAGUCAAGGCACUUAGCAGUCUCUCAGAACCCAAGAGAUGAAGGUCCUCCUCAUACUGACUUGGUUCCUGGCUUGCAGUGUGCCUGCAGUGCCCGGGGGCUUGCUGCAACUGAAGUCCAUGAUUGCGAAGGUGACUGGGAAGGAUCCAAUAAUGAAUUAUGGCUUCUAUGGCUGCUACUGUGGCUGGGGCGGCAAAGGGACCCCCAAGGAUGGUACUGACUGGUGCUGUCGGAUGCAUGACCGCUGUUACGGGGAACUGGAGGAGAAUGGCUGCAGCAUCUGGACCCAAUCCUAUGACUACAGAUUCAUACAGGGGCUGGUCGUCUGCGAAUACACGUCCUACUGUCCCGGGAAGCUUUGUGACUGUGACCGGAAGCUGGUCUACUGCCUGCGGAGAAACCUCUGGAGCUACAAUCCUCUUUACCAGUAUUACCCCAACUUCCUCUGCUAAUGCCCUGGGUGGGCUCUGCUCCAGGGGUGCCCCUCACAGUCGAGGCCCCCCUCUGCUGUAUCCCUGAUGCACGCCCCCAAGGUCCUGGAUCUGUCUUCCUCUGUGCUCCAUUGGGCUGGACAGAACCCCAGGACUACACUUGGUUUUCCAGAGUCCCAGAGAGGGAAUUCUGAUCCAUGCUUGGCAAACUCCCAGGAUGGCUGAGUCUGCACUUGUGAAGUUGGAUCUGGGCCCGGAAGCUCCCCCAGCUCCAGGCCAGCGCCAUGUUGACUUUUCUUUCAAUUUUUGGAACUGAAUUGUCAUUACCACCCUCCAGAGACCUUUUACUCGAGUAGAAGCCAAAUUAACUCUAUAAAUCUGUUAUGUAGAUAUUAAAUAAAACCCAUUCUCAAGGCUAGUAAA